AUGGAUUUCGACAUGUUGAAGCUACCUCGGCCACGUUGGGAAUUCACGUGCCUGGAGUGUCAAAAAGGAAUGCUGACCAUGUCGACGUUGAAAGAGCACAUUGCAAUCGAUCAUUUGAAUCUCGCCGCUUGGCGAUGCGGAUGCUUCAAAGAAUUCUUCACGAGCGAAGCUCGAAUUAUGCACAGUGUCACUUGCGAUCAACUGAUCAUGGAGAUUCCAAAGCUCACUGGAUUGAAUCAGCUUGAUAAGUUGCAAAAGAUGACUUCAGCAGCUGUAGAACAUGAAAUCAAAAGACAAGCGACUUUCAUGUUGGAGUUUGGAAAGGCAUUUAUGGAGAGAACAAAGCUGAAACCAGCCGAAGUAGAGAAUCUCUUGCGUGCAGCGCCAUUGCCAGUUAUUGGUCUUGAGCAAAUGUGCUCACCAACAGAAUCCGAUCCGAGCAAGGCAUCGACUCGUUUGCCUCAGCCUGUAUCUCAUCUAUCCGAGACUCUCACAAAUUUGAAAUCAACGCAUGCUCCAUCUAAAACAAAUAGCCUGACUACACUUUGUGUUCCAUUAGAAUCCGACUCGGACAAAGUAGUUGCGUCGUCUCGCUCACCGCAGCCUGUACCACAUCCAUCCGAGACUCUCGCAAAAUUGAAAUUUACGAAUGCUUCUUCAAGAGCAAAUAAUUCGGGGAGCACCCACAAAUCGCGUGCUUCAAGGUUUUCUCCCAGUAGAGGCGAUCGUGAUGGACACAAGGGCGACUGUAGAAAGCGCGACCAUCGUCCAAGUCCAAGAAGAUCUGAUGAUCGAAAAUAUCGUCGUCAAUCUCACUCCCGUGAACGUCGGUCCUCUCAUUCCUGCGGACGCCAUCGAUCGCCGUCAUCUGAUGAACGAAAGCGUCUUUCGAUGUCAUCCAAUGACGAGAAGCCACAACCAAUCACAAUACGUCUUUUGCAACAAAAGGCUAAAAUCGAAGAGAACUUGGGGCUAUCGGGUAAAGCAGCUGAACUCUCAAAAGAAAUGGAAAAAGCCAUUGCACUUGCUCUCAAACCACCACCUACUGACGAUAAUGAAACGAUGGACAUGGACAUUGAAUCACCAACCGAAUCACCGAAGAAAAUUGUCUUGUCGAAAAUCAAGCUUCCUGAGCCAACAGUGGUGGAGCCGCCUCGGAUAGCUCUAAUGAACGAGCCUUUACGUGAAAAUGACACUUUUUUUAAGGAACUGAAAGAGAAGUUGAUCUACGAGCAAUACAUUCAACCUAGCUACAACCCUUUGGCGCCUCGUCGCGAACCAUUACUUUCAACUCAGGGAUUUUAUGGACCCUCGAGAACAUAUUGGCCCCUACAUUCGGAGCCACAACAACCUCGAGUACCGUUUGCCGCCAUCCAGAGGCCAUGUCCAUUUCACACUGGAAGAAUUUGCGCAAAUGUUUUGCUCUGUGCGUGUCAGUUCAGCCGGGAUGAGCGAAUUAAGAAAUUUCGGAGCGGUGGUGGUUGUUCGGAUUUGCGUUGCAUCAAGCGUCAUACUGGAAAUUGUCGAUCAUUGUCCUACUGCUUAAUUUGCAAGGAGCCUCAUCAUCAAAUUUUUUGCCCUCACCUGGAUAAGCCGAAGAAAACGGAAACUGAAGAGGAAGAAAAAAAUGAGGAAAACGCCAAGGCG